AUGUCCAAGGAAGAGCCUGAACUCGAAGAAUUAUGGCGCGAAUUUCAGAAUGCCAAUGCUGACAUACAACAGAAAAGAAACGAAGUAAUCAAAGAAAUAAACAAAAACACCAUUUUGAAUGAGUAUCCAGGAAAACUUUCAAUCAUGACGGCUUUGGAUGAGCUUAUUGCAUGUUUUUCAUUAGGAGGUCAAUUUAAAAACUACUAUAGAUAUGGGUCAUAUGAUUCAUGCCAAAGGCAAAGAGAAAAGUUUUGGUUUGCUAUCAAACAUGGUUCCUUAGUGGAAGGAAAGGAUAAGUCGUUGGAGGAAUUAAAUGACAAAGAGUUGAGCAGUCGAAUCAAAAUCCAGGAAUUUUUCAAAAAACGUCUACUAGAGGAUAAAGCAAAAGGAAGCUCAGAAGAUAUAUGGGAUGCUAGAAAAGAGCUACAAAGCUACCCCUUCAAAUAG